CUCCAAAGUAGGAAACCAAAAAUGGAGGAAGAGAAGGGAGUGGUGAAGCGUGCGUUGCUUUUGAAGUUCAAGGACGAAAUCGCACCUGACCAAAUCGAGCAACUCGUCAAGGGUCAAUCCCGUCUCGUCGACCUCAUCGAACCCUUGAAAUCUUUCCACUGGGGAAGAAGUGUGAGCAUCGGCAACUCGCCCCAGGGCUUCACGCACAUCUUCGAGUUCGUGUUCGAGAGCGCCGAGGGGAUAGCAGAGUACACGGCUCAUCCCGCGCACGUCGAGUUCUCAAACCGGUACGGCCCCUACAUCGAUGACUUUGUCAUGAUCGACUACAAGCCAACCAUUUUCCGUACCUGAAUCAACAUCGAGUUGCAAGCU